AUGACUCCAUUGAAUUACAUUGCAGAAGCUCAGUCUUGGGAUUUUCUUGAUUCUCUGAAUGCUGGCAAGGAAAGUAGCCUAAUUAAUCUCUCUGAUGUACUGCAAUACUCAAAAUAUGAGAGUACUGCCAUACUGCAUGCUGUACAUAAAAAUGAGGAGCAGGCUGUGAAACGUCUUAUUUCAACUGGAGCUGAUGUUGACAGUAAAGAUAAGUAUACUGGAAGAACACCACUACACAUUGCUGCUGCAGACAAUAAUUUUAAAAUGGCCAACUUAUUACUCAGUUUUAAAGCCAACCCCAAUAGUAAAGACAAAUCAGGAGCUCACCCGUUAAAUAUGAGUUAUAUGGCUCGUGGUACAGAAGUAUAUAAUUUAAUUGAAUUAGCAGGUGGAGUAUUUAAUUUUGGUCAUCUGCUUUUAGAUACUUCAGAUUUAAAUGAUAUUACUCGAAUGAAGACAUGUUUAGAUAAUGGUGCUAAAAUUGAUUAUUAUGACAAGGAUAAAAGAACUGCUUUACAUUAUGCUGUGCUGAAUAACCAUUUUGAUUCCGUUCUCUUUUUGAUUGACAAUGGCUGUAACAUAGACUGUCAAGACAGGGGUUUAUUUACAGCAGUUCAUUUUGCAGAAAUUAAUGGGUAUCAUAAAAUUCUUGAGACUCUGAUUAGUAAUGAUGCUGAUUUAAAUUUGAAAACUGAGCUCAAAGAAAAAACUGCACUUCACUAUGCAGUUGAGAGUUCAGAUAUUAAAUCUUUUGAGUUACUUAUCAAUAGCCAAGAAAUUAAUGUCAAUGAAAAAGACUGGAAAAGUAUGACUCCACUCCAUUUUGCUGCUCAGCUUGGAUGCGCUGAUAUGGUUCGAAGGUUACUGGAUAAAAAUGCUGAUGUCAACUGCAGAAAUAAGUUUGAUUUAACACCAUUGCACUUUGUGUGCAAUUCAAAAGAUAGCCAUAAGGAUGUUUUCAAGCUAUUGAUAGAAGCUGGAGCUGAUCCUCAUUUGCGAGAGCUAAGGUAUCCAAACCAUACUCCUUUACACAAAGCAGCUAUUCGAGGCCAUUAUGAAAUUAUUUCAAUUAUUUUAACUAAAGCAACUAAAGCAUUAAAGAUAAAUGACAGAUUUGAGAUAGUAAUCUGGAAAAUCUGGAAACUUCCAUUAUUUGAUAAGAUUAGAUUGGAGUUUUAUGAAAGAAAAACUGCUCUGCACCUUGCUGCAGAGAAUGGUCAUGCCAAAGCUGUUGAAGUUUUAUUAGAUCACAAUGCCAGCAUUGAUAUUGUUGAAAGUGAAAAUUUUCAAAGUGCUUUACAUCUAGCUGCUGAAAAUGGCCACAAAAGUGUUGUCAAUGUACUACUUGAAAAAGGAGCUAAUCUAAGAAUGAAGGAUAUUCAUAACAUGAUUCCAUUUCAUUAUGCCAUUAAGUAUCACAAGAAAGAUAGAGAACUAAUUGAGUUGCUGAAAAUUGAUAAAUUCAAUUGGAACAUAUUUGAUAAUGAGAAAUAUGGGGAAAUUCAUGAUGCAGGAAUCACAUCAAAUAAAGCAGACAUAGAAAAGACUGAUGAAUGGGGCAGAACUGUAUUUCAUUAUGCUGCUAAGAAUGGUCAUUUGAGUGCUGUUCAAUAUUUGCUGACUGUUUCGGAUCCUGAAAAAGAAGACAUUUGUGGCUAUACUCCCCUUUAUUUUGCAGUCAGUAAUGGUCAUUCAAAAAUUGUUUCGUGUCUUUUAAAAAGUUCAAGAGUCAACAAGGAUAAAUUAUAUGGAUAUUUUGAACAAACAUCAUUGUACAUUGCAGCUAAAAAUGGUUUUAUUGAUAUUGUGAAACAUUUGUUGCACAGCAAAGCAAAUUUUAAUAUUCGUGAUACAUGCAAAAGAACACCUUUACACAUUGCAGCUGAGAAAGGCUAUGAAGAAAUUGUUCAAUUGCUUUUAAAAAAAGGAGCUAGCAUUCUUGUUAAAGAUUGUGCAUCAUACAUAGUGAACAAUGGAAAUCCUAAAAAGGUGAUGCUAACAUCAUACACUCCUUGUCAUUAUGGUAUUGAAAGUGGGAAUGCUAGAAUAGUCGAAUUAUUGCUUCAAGGAUCAACUCCCCAGUUGUUUGAUAUAACUCUACUACGAGUUCAGGCUUACAAGUUACAGAAAAGCUGGUAUGCAGCAAUCUCAAAUGCUGUAUGCAAAGGGCAUGCUGAAGUUAUAGCACUUUUAAUUCAAAGAGGAGCAUUUGAUGUAAUGCCUAGAGAAUACAUUACUCUUCUUAAACAUGCAGUUCUGUAUACUCAAAAAAAAGUCAUCAAUCUACUUUUAUCUCAUAUUAACAAGAAAUGUAUUCAAAUUGAUAUGGAAGGAAGAAGCCCUAUGCAUGUUGCUGCAGAGCAUGGAUUAAUAGACAUUGCAGAGUUGCUUAGGAAACAUAAAAUAAGUGUUGAUGAUGCAGACAAAGAUGGUUUACGACCACUCCAUUAUGCCUGCCGAGCAAGCCAAGUAGAAAUGGUUGAUUAUUUGUUAAGAAAUGGUGGUAUAGAGGAUCCUAUGAAAGUCUCCAAAGAAGGACUUUCCCCUCUUGAUGUCAUAGCAGUGGAGUCAACUGCUCGCACAAAAUUACUGCAACUCUUCCGUCCUUAUGUCGACAGUUGCACUGACUAUCCUAUUGAAACUUAUGCUAAGGUAUUUAUGUGUGGCUAUUCUAUUGCUGGUAAGAGCUCUCUCAGUCAAGCUCUCAUUGAUCGCUCCAAGAAGCCCCUUGGUUAUAAGUUUAGUCCAUUGGAAGUCGUUAAGGAUGUGACACCAUUUACUGUAGGCAUUGAUUUACACACUAUCAGCAGUCCUGAGAUUGGAAAUAUUGUAUUACAUGAUUUUGCUGGCCACACAGAGUUUUACAGUAGUCAUGCUGGUAUACUUGAGAAUCUGAUGCUGCACUCACCUGGAGUAUUUGUCAUAAUAGCUGAUCUUACGAAACCACGUAGCAAAGUGCAAAGUGAAUUGUUCUAUUGGCUCAACUUUAUCGAAAAUGCAUGUGCUAAACUACUUAAACCUUCUCAAGUUAUUUUGGUGGGCAGUCGUGCAGACAAAUGUCCCAAUCAUGGGUUAGAAUUUAAAGCUGACAUGAAUGAUAUUGUAGAAGAGGCUGUUGUGAAGCAAGUUUUCAAAGGAUAUUGUGCUUUAGAAUGUCAUAAACCAGGUGGCAUUGGCAUGAAAGAUUUUGUAUCAAUUCUUGCCACAAGCUGUAAAGAAGUUGUUGAUCAAUCUGAUGGCAUCAGCUACUAUUGUCACUUCCUUUAUUCCCUUCUUAAGGAUCUCAAUGAAGUUGCCAUCACAUUUGAAAACCUUUUAAUCAAUAUUAAAGAGAAUUCUGAAGUUACUAUUCCUGAUGAUCCAGCAUUCGUUUCUAAUACUCUAUUAACCCUCAGUGAUAAAGGCCUCAUCUUGUAUCUGAAAUCUAAUGAUCCAUCUACUAGUUGGAUAGUUGUUAAUAAGGUCAAGCUCCUUCACGAAGUAGUGGGUAUUUUAUUUGCACCUGCCAGUAUUGAACGAGUUCACAGAGAUAUUGCCAGUAACAUUGGUAUUGCUGAAUUUUCUCAGUUGGAAAGACUUUUUGAAUCUCAAAAUCUUGAUCCACAUAUGUUAAAAGGUUUUUUGAUAGCACUAGAAUUCUGUCAAGUUAUUGAUUCUGAUGUUUUCGAUUCAUCUUAUGAUUACUCUGAAGAGCUUCUUUUCUUUCCAGCUUUGAUUGCCGAGAAACAACCAGCAGAAUUGAAGAAGGCUCCAUCAAGGGGUUGGUACCUAAAAUGUACUAAUCCUCAUAAAUUUUUCACUGCUCGUUUUCUUCACAUAUUAAUUCUUCGUCUAGCUUUAUUUCAUGUUAGCAGUGGCAAGAAAUCUGAAGAGUUAGAUCGAUGCUGUACCGUAUGGAAAGAUGGCAUUCAUUGGAUAAGUCACAACAUAGAGGUGUUAGUCCAAGUAUCCUUAGAUGAUCGUUGCAUUACAGUUCUCAUAUCUGACAAAGAUAGCCUAAUUGCACAAAAAAUGUUUGCUUCAGUAAUAUCUGAGAUACAUUCACUGAUGAAUAGGCUAAGUCCAUGUGCAACAAAGGAAUACAUUAUCAAUCCUUCUCAGUUAAAAGUAGUUAGCAGCUUAAAAAAAGAAGAUUUGUCUCUCUUUCUACUUCAAAAUAUAGCUCAGGCUAUGAUUCUACGGCAACAAGUGUCUGACGAAGGUGGACAAUAUGAUCGUUCAAUUGAUAUCAUUUUGGACAGUUUUGAGCCUUAUUUAUCCAUUCCACCAUUUGUAACACAGGAGCUAUUUAAUGCUGAGCUUUCCAACAAUAAAAUUCACCAAUCACGUUUGGACUGCCUACUCCUAGUCUGUCCUGAUAUAAUGAAAGGUGCUGAUUUUAAUUCUUAUAAAGAAGUAAGGGAUCACAUUCAAUCUUUUAGUAUUUUUACAGGCCACAAUGUAGUGAAUCUGGCUUUGUCUUGUGAUACUGCAACAUCCAAAGAAAAGAAGCAGUUGUCUGAUUUACUCACAAAACCACUUUCUUUUGAAUUUAAAGAGAGAAAACCAUUAAAACAGGAGAUGUUAAAGUUAUUAUCUGGCGAAAUAUCUAGUAAUGAAUUGUAUACAUUUGGUAGUUAUCUCAAUUUGCCAAGUGACUUUAUGAAUAGUUUGACACAAUCAGAUGCAUUUAGUAACCAAAAAAAUUUGGCACAAGUGGUUGAAAUGUGGUUAUCAAAGUCUAAUAUUAAUUGCACUUGGAAUAAAGUGAUUGAGGCUCUUGAUAAUUUGAAUAAUGGGAGAGCUAUAAAUAAAAUUAAAGCAUUCUUAGGAGAGAAUGCAGCAAAAGGUCUUAAUUGUACUGAAAUUGGUGAUGAAACACAAGAUGAAACUGAUGAUGAAUCACAAGAUGAAACUGAUAGAUCAAAGUCUCCUGAGACACAAAGCAAAAGUGCUACCAGUGUACCACUUGUAGCAUUGACUAGCACACCAAUGCCCAGCACCUCCAAAGCAGACUCAGUUUGUACUGAUGAACCAAGUAUGCCUUUUCCUAAUGACAUCUCUGUUAUUAAUACUGGAACUUCUGGAAGUAAUACAAGUACUCCUCAUUCAUCUCCACAAAAAGGAACUACAACCUCUGUUGACAUUGAUUCAUCAUGCAAAGAUAACACUUCCAGCAGAAGAGCAGCUUCUUAUUCUCAAUUUCAUUCCGUUGCUAACAAUACUUUUGUAGCACAUGAUUCCAGCUCACUGCAACAACAGCACAUCUAUACCAUGAUAGUUGUGUCUAUACAUGUAAUCACUUUUCUUAAUGGUCUGUUUGCGAAUCCGUGGCAUCAUUCAUCUAUGUCUUCUAAUACUAGCAGAGUAUCAAAUGGUGUUUUAAUGAAGUGCUCAUCACACUUGGGUCAGUUGCCAAAACUUGCUGGAUAUUUAGGAAUACCUGACAGUUGUUUACAACAGAUUCAGAACGACUUCACAGACCCAGACAUACAAGGAUACCGUCUGUUGAAAAAGUGGAAAGAGCUCUAUCCUAAUUCAUCGCUUGCUGACCUUAUUGAAGUAUUUCAAUAUUUAGGCCUUAAUGAAGCUGUUAAAGUACUUGAAGAAAAUUAACUAAUCAAUUCUAUUUGCCAUGUCAUUAUUUUUUGUAGUCUGUGACACAUGAAGCUACUUGUUAUUUUUAUAUUAAAAAAAUUAUUUUGAAUUGA